GUCCAACAUUACUUCCGGUGACCGGUUCGGCGACUGAACUUUCCGUCCGACGAUGGCUAAUGUCGAUUUGUAUGUGCUUGGUGGUGUGGGCUAAGGGUCAUCGUUAAAAAUAUACCGACCAACUGUAUCCGUGAACCGUGUAUGUGGCCUUUUUCGCGAGUCUCAAUUACGUCAAACGUGACAACAAAUAGUUAUUAUCUAGUUAGACUCUGAUGUCACUUGCUGAUCAGCUGUUCGCCUCAAUAAACGUCAAAACGUAAUGGAGACUUGUGAAAAGAGCAUGUUUUGUGCGUGGAACUAACCUCCAAACUUCUGAGCGAUUUGUGUCUUUUUUAUGUACUAUCAGAAACCACAUCAUGCUUGUAAUAAACGGUAAAAUUGAAUGUGCAUACAAUAUCAGUUUCGAGUGAUCUGGGAACUACAAUGGUUAAAGAUGAAUCAGAGUUUGAUUAACGAAUUUUCAGAAAAAGUAGAUAAACAAUCUGCUGUUCUAACUUUCCAAACUUACAUAGAGUUAUGCGAAGUAAAAAGAUACUAUAAUGUUGAGUACAACUACAAUUCAGCUUUAAAACAGUAUGUUAUAACAGCUAAAAAGUCUCCCGGCAAGCCUACUUGUGCUUUUGUCCCUAUAUCAGUGUAUGAACCACUGAAUGUGUUACGACUAAUUCAUAUAAUAAAAAAUACAAACAGUGAAGCUGUUUAUCUGGUGAUAGUGCAUCCUGAUUCAACAUGUGUUUAUUAUCAAAUAGCUGAUGGGUUAAUGGAACCUGUGGAAUCAGAGCCAAAAAGGUUCAAAGAGGAUAAGACUGACGUAUUAGAUAACAUAUUGCGGAAGAAUCGCAAAAUGUUAGAAGAUGCUGCAUUGAUGAAUAUAUCUGUUAAUAUCCCUAUUCUGAAAAAUGAAUAAUAUACAUAUGCAAUAUUAAA